UUUGCAUUGGCUGCCCCACGAUCUCGCCCAGGCUGCCGUAAGCUGCGGUGGCGCUUGUUUAUGCCACCAUCUUGCCCAAACCUCCGAAGGAUGAGCUCUUUGCCUUCUUUCAACUCCAAAUUUCACCAUGGCGACGAUCCCAGUCAUUGUCAAGCACCAAGGCAAACGUCAUGAGGUCGAGCUCGACCCGACGUCAAAUGGCGAGACUUUCAAGUACCAGCUCUACUCUUUGACUGGUGUCGAGCCGGACAGGCAGAAGAUCCUGGUGAAAGGUGGUCAGCUUAAGGAUGACACCCCCCUUUCUUCUCUCAACGCCAAGCCCGGACAGACCUUCAUGAUGAUGGGUACUCCGUCCGGAGCCCAAGGCGAGGCCGCUCUCGGACGGCCGAAGGAUGCGAUCAAGUUCCUGGAGGAUAUGACGGAAGCUGAAGCAGCUAGAGCGGAUGGUGCUACUCCUGCCGGUCUGCAAAACCUUGGAAACACUUGUUACUUGAAUGCCACGCUUCAGACGUUGAAGGGCAUGCCUGAACUUCAGGAAGAACUUAUGAAGUACAGUUCCUCCUCCGGCGCCGGUACGGGCUCUGGUGGGCUCUCGGAUCUCAGCACAUUUGGCCUGGGAGGGCUGGGUGCAUCGAUGGAUCUGACAGCCUCUCUACGAGAUCUGUAUAAGCAAAUGUCUGAGACGCAAGAAGGGUUCCCGCCACUCAUGUUCUUGAAUGCCCUACGGAAUGCUUUCCCUCAGUUUGCACAGAAGGCCGAGCACGGCCAUGGAUAUGCCCAGCAGGAUGCGGAAGAAGCGUGGUCGCAGAUCAUCAGUCAGUUGCGCCACAGGCUGAUAAUCAAAGAAGGCGAAGGCGACAUCUCGUUCAUAGAUAAAUAUCUUGCUGGUCAGAUGGAAUCUGUUAUUGAGUGUGAUGAAGCGGCGGCCAAGGAGGCAGGCGAGGAACCCGUGAAAACUUCCGAUUCCUUCUUGAAAUUAGACUGUCACAUCAACAAGGAAACCAACCACCUCCGUGAUGGCAUUCUGGAUGGUCUCGAGGAGAAAAUAGAGAAAAACUCGCCCACACUGGGCCGAGACGCAAGCUAUACGAAGCGAUCGCGCAUCUCUCGCUUGCCUAAGUACCUGACUGUGCACUUUGUCAGAUUCUUCUGGAAGCGUGAAACCAAGAAGAAGGCUAAGAUCAUGCGCAAGGUCACUUUCCCUGCAGAGCUCGAUGCUGUGGAAUUCUGCACGGAAACGCUCCAGAAGCAACUUAUCCCAGUUAGGGACAAGGUCCGCGAGAUUCGCAAGGAUGAGCAGGACGUCGAGCGAGCUAGAAAGCGACAAAAGAUUGCUCACCAGCGCGAGGAAGCCGCCAACGCCGGAGCAGGUGGCCCUGUCGAGCCAUUACAGAAGAAGGCGGCUGCGGAGGAGCAGAAGGAGUCUGAGAAGAAGCCUGAGGCGAAGGAUAUGGACACUGGAAUGACUGACGUCUUCAAGUCGGACGAGGAGUUUGAGGCUGAGAGAACAGCUUCGAUUCUCAAGGCCAAGAAAGAGCUCUUUGAACUUAUCGACCCGAAACUUGCCACGGACGAGGGAUCGAACAAAUCGGGCCUGUAUGAACUUCGCGGAGUCAUUACCCAUCAAGGAGCCAGUGCCGAUAGCGGCCACUACACCGCGUACGUGAAGAAGCAAGGACGCCUUGUCGACGACCCUAGAGCUCCAGGCGGAAAGAGACGCGAGGAAGAUGGCAAGUGGUGGUGGUUCAACGAUGAGAAAGUGACGGAGGUAGAGGCUGAUAAGAUUGAGACUCUUUCUGGCGGUGGUGAGUCGCAUUCUGCAUUGAUCCUCCUUUACCGCGCCAUUGAUCUCCCGACUGCCGAGGAGAUCCAGCAGUGAUCGCCCCAUUAUGCGCUCUUCGUCGUUUCAGCAAUGCUGCAGCAUGAUUUGAUUGUCGCUUUCUUGAGAAAUCCACUGCAGAUUCACCUCACCAUGAUAUGAUGCGUUUAGAUGAACCAAAAUCACGAGUUAGAACAUACGAACUUGAUUUAGAUUAUGAUCCAACCAUGUUGUAUGGUAAUAAAGAAAUACUUCUACGAGGAGUAGCCUUUAUAUCUUAAAGACACUCAUUCGUAAUUUGUUAGACUUGGCCCUCAACUAUAGCUAAUAUGUUCCAAUGUACCGA